AUGAUGAAGUUGCACUCGAUCAUCUUUGUCGUCGUCAUCGCGUUCGCGGCGGCCGUCGCGGCGCAGGGCACAAUCGGAGGCUCGGUGUGGCCGCAGCCGGUGAAUCUGGAGAUGGGGGCCGGCGGCCGCGUCUGGCUCGACGCCCGCCAGGGCGCGAACGUGGACCUGCCCGCGGGCGCCUCGGCCGUGCUCGUCGACGGCGCCAAGCGCUACGCGUCCCUGCCCGGCGCCCUCUUCUUCCCGUUCGGCAGCGCGGCCACGACCCCGUCCGGCGCCGCCCCCUUGACCGUGAGCGUGGCGGUGGCCGACGGCGGACGCAACGCCAACCUGAGCCUCGGCGUCGACGAGUCCUACUCCCUCUCCGCGGGCACCGUGUUCGGAGCCCUCUACGCCCUUGAGUCACUGUCGCAGCUGAUCCAGUGGGACGCCGACGCCUACUUCAUUGAGGGCCUGCCCACCACCAUCACCGACUCCCCGCGUUUCCCCUGGAGGGGUCUCCUGGUCGACACGGCGAGGCACUACCUGCACCCGGACACCAUCAAGAGCGCCAUCGAUGUCUUGGCCUACAACAAGUACAACGUGCUCCAUUGGCAUGUGACCGACGCCCAGUCGUUCCCCAUCGAAUCCAAGAUCUACCCCAAGCUCACCCUGGGCGCCUACAACAAGCGCGCCGUCUACAGCCACGAAGUGGUGCGCGACAUCGUCAGCUACGGAUUCAGCCGCGGAGUUCGCGUCCUGCCAGGCACCCGCCCACCUCCCACAACGAAGUCGUGUAUCGCCACGUUCACCAUUUCAGAGUUCGACAUUCCCGGCCACGCUGCUGGAUUCAGCUUCGGCUACCCCGAGGUUACGGCCAACUGCCCGCGCUACUCCGGCAACAUCAACAACAUCGCCCUCGACGUCUCCAACCCCUUCACGUACGAGCUGCUGAAGGGCUUCCUCGGCGAGAUGGCCGGCCUGUUCAGCGACGACUUCAUGCACCUGGGCGGUGACGAGGUCGUGUUCGGCUGCUGGUUCAACGACCCCAAGAUCGCCCAAUGGGCCGCCUCCAAGGGCUUCAGCAACGGCGCCCAGAUCGAGCAGUAUUUCGAGCAGCAGCUGCAGGCGAUG